CACAUGGAGCCUCUUAUGGCUCGGGAUGGCUCUCGGCGGGCGGGCAGCUGCGGCAGCUGCUGCUGUGGCUCGGGCGGCGGCGCGGGGGCUCCGGGGUCGGACCGCGGCUCUCCCUGCGCUCUCCGAGAGCACCGCGGCUUGAAUGAUGUAUUUUGUGAUCGCAGCGAUGAAAGCUCAAAUUGAAAUUAUUCCAUGCAAGAUCUGUGGAGACAAAUCAUCAGGAAUCCAUUAUGGUGUCAUUACAUGUGAAGGCUGCAAGGGCUUUUUCAGGAGAAGUCAGCAAAGUAAUGCCACCUACUCCUGUCCUCGUCAGAAGAACUGUUUGAUUGAUCGAACCAGCAGGAACCGUUGCCAGCACUGUCGGUUACAGAAAUGCCUUGCCGUGGGGAUGUCUCGGGAUGCUGUGAAGUUUGGCCGGAUGUCCAAGAAACAGAGAGACAGCUUGUACGCUGAGGUGCAGAAGCACCGGCUGCAGCAACAGCAGCGAGACCACCCACAGCAGCCCGGGGAGGCAGAGCCACUGACACCCACCUACAGCAUCUCAGCCAAUGGGCUGACGGAGCUGCAUGACGAGCUGAGCACCUACAUCGAUGGGCACACCCCAGAGGGUAGCAAGGCCGACUCUGCCGUCAGCAGCUUCUACCUGGACAUACAGCCCUCCCCAGAUCAGUCUGGUCUGGACAUCAACGGGAUCAAACCGGAACCCAUCUGCGACUACACGCCCGCAUCAGGCUUCUUCCCUUACUGCUCCUUCACCAACGGAGAGACCUCCCCAACGGUGUCCAUGGCAGAACUAGAACACCUUGCACAGAAUAUAUCUAAGUCACAUCUGGAAACUUGCCAGUACUUGAGAGAAGAGCUCCAGCAGAUCACGUGGCAAACUUUUCUUCAAGAGGAGAUUGAAAACUAUCAAAACAAGCAGCGGGAGGUGAUGUGGCAGCUGUGUUCCAUCAAGAUCACAGAAGCGAUACAGUAUGUGGUGGAGUUCGCCAAACGCAUUGACGGGUUUAUGGAGCUGUGUCAAAACGAUCAAAUUGUGCUUCUCAAAGCAGGUUCUCUGGAGGUGGUGUUUAUCAGAAUGUGCCGUGCCUUUGACUCUCAAAAUAACACCGUGUACUUUGAUGGAAAAUAUGCUAGUCCUGAAGUCUUCAAAUCCUUAGGUUGUGAAGACUUCAUUAGCUUUGUAUUUGAAUUUGGGAAGAGUUUAUGUUCUAUGCACCUGACUGAAGAUGAAAUUGCUUUAUUUUCUGCAUUUGUCCUGAUGUCAGCAGAUCGUUCAUGGCUGCAAGAAAAGGUUAAAAUAGAAAAACUGCAACAGAAAAUUCAACUAGCUCUUCAACACGUCCUACAGAAGAAUCACCGAGAAGAUGGAAUACUAACAAAGUUAAUAUGCAAGGUGUCUACAUUACGAGCCUUAUGUGGACGACAUACAGAAAAGCUCAUGGCAUUUAAAGCAAUAUACCCAGACAUUGUGCGACUCCAUUUUCCUCCAUUAUACAAGGAAUUGUUCACUUCAGAAUUUGAGCCAGCAAUGCAAAUCGAUGGGUAACUGUAUCACCUAAGCACUUCUCGAAUGUCUGAAGUACACACGUGAGAAUCAAUGACAAAAAUUAACCGAGACACUUUCUAUGGCCCUGCACAGACCUGGAGCGUCAGCACACUGCACAUCUUUUGGUGAUGGGGUCAGGCAAAGGAGGGGAAACAAUGAAAACCAAUAAAAGUUGAACUUGUUUUUCUCAUGCAUAUGAUUUCCAUUCUGCCUACAGAUAUGGACCCUUUUUGUCUCAGCUUCUUGACCAUUGGCCUCUGUUUACAACAGAAGGAGGGUACUAAAAUCAGAGGAUUUCCUUUCUGGUAGCUCACUGCCCACAGACUUUCUACAGAGUCACCAAUCUGUCGGUCAUCACAGAACCCAACGAUAACUGGUGGCUGGUGUGCAGAGCAGAGGCUACGGCGUCACUUUGCACAACUUGCUCUUUGAUUCAUGAAGGAAGUUUUUGUUCUUUUCACCGAUUAUUGCCAGUCAUCAGGAUGGCAUGAAAGGGUCCAUAGCACUAGCAACAAUAGCAUUAUAAUAUAUUACAGGGUAAAUGGGCAUGAAGACUAUAUAUAGCUAAAAGAGAUAUUGUUUAUAUAUUGUUUUAAUUAAUAUAAAAAUGUAGUUACUGGUGUAGCUUUUCCUGUUGAAUUGAUAAGGCACUUUUGUUUUGCACCUUUUUUCUUUAAACUGCUAGCGUGCUCACUGUCAUGUUGUAUGUGCACCAGAAACACAAGUUUAACUGAGAAGGCUUGGAAGGUACAUUGAGAGGUAUUUAUGCUGCUGUUUACAAAAUCACUUUUAAAAGUCUGGCUGGUCAUAUCUAGAAAUCCUAGUAUUGUAUUCUUUUUUCCCCCUAGCCCAUGAAUUUGGAAUGAAAACCAGAACUCUCCCUAAACUUGUGGUCACUUUCAGUGGUCACUUUAAGGAUAGAUGUAUUAAUGCUUGAUCAUGAACCUGAUUUUUGGAAAGCUUUGAAAAUGCUGCCUCGCUUUGUGGGUGAUGAGGAAGGGGGUUACUUCAUACCCUCAGUCAUUGCAGGGACCCCUUCUCCACUUGGGAUUUGUAUGCUUUGAGAACAAAUCAAAAACCACAAUAUUUGUUGGAAAA